GCUCUUUUGUGAGUGAUAGAUUAGACAGUGUUUUUGUUUGUACACACACAACAGAGAAAUGAAGUGUGAGUGACCCGAUUUCAAUUUUCAAACCCAAGAUCUCUUCUUUUUCUUUUCUUUCUUUCUUCUUCCCAAUUUGUGUAACUGGGGUUGUACAAAUAGAGCUUAUAUCUUUGUCUUGUUCACGCUAAAAAGUAAGAGAGAGAGAGAGAGAGAGAUUCCACCAUUUGUGGCCUCUAUUUGUUAGUCCCUUCAAAUUAAUUCAUUCAAUCAUGCCUAAAGGUGCAAAAAAGAGAAAAGCCGCCAAGAAAAAGAAGGAACAAGAAAACAACACCAACCCUUCUACUUCCACCAACAACCCUCAAGGAGAGCAUGAAUUGAAGUCUCAAGAUGAGAAAGGAAGUGAUGGUGGUUCUCCUUCGUAUCAUAACCAUGAUGAUCAAAAUCAAUUCAAUGAAGGUAGUGAAGAUAUGGAGGAGAGUGAUCCAUCAGCUGAUGUUGCCAAGUCCUUGGAAGAAGUCCCUAAUGACGGUAAGAUCGACGAAGUCGAAGGUGGAAAGGAAAAUGUUGUUGUGAUAGAGUGGGAUUCGAAAUCCGAUGAGAGUUGUGAGAACAAAGAUGUGAGUGUUUUGCAAAUUGAGUCUGCCAAGGAAUCCAAUCGUGUGAAUGAGAGUUCUGGAGGUUCGAUUGAUGAAAUUAAAACCGGUACUGCGGAGAACUCAAAGGAUGAGUCCUGUAAUAAUUAUGUGGAAGAAAUAGCUGUAUUUGAUGAGGGGAUUAAUUCGGUAAAGAAGAGUGUUGAUUCAGUUGUAGAAUCUUCUGCUGAUUCGGUUAAUGCUGUGACCUCUGUCUCCGAGAUGCAACGCGGAGAUACUGGAAAUGUUUUACUAGACAAAUCAGUGGACUCUCGAAUAAUGGAAUCUGUUCCCGCUGUGAAGAUAAAUGAGGAUGUUAGAACAUUGAGUUUGGAGGAACCUGAGACGAGGGAAUCCGAGAGUAAAGUAUCAUCAUCAGUGUCUCAGGGUCAUGUCCGAAAAUCUACUAAUGGUGCAGAACAUGUUAAAGAUUCCAACACUGCUGAAUGCUCUGAAAUUCAGCCUCAGGUAGUAUUGACUCCACAUGUGGUGCAUAAGACGUCUUGGUUGAGUUGCUGUGGCCUGUUUGAUGUUCUGUCAGGCUCUAACAGAUAAAUUCAGAAAUGCAUGCACGAGGAUAUCCAUUGAUGUGUCAAGCAUGUGAAGACUUAGGACAUGGUUCAGAAAAUUUUGUGAUACAUUGAUGAAUAUGUGUUGUUUAUGAAUUUUCCAAACAAAUAAUGGGAAACAAGCCCAACUAUAUGAGAUUUAUUAUAUACAGUGAGGUUUGGUGUAGUAAUUGUGUUAGCAACAGUUUCAACUCAAUAUCUUUGUUUUCAAAACUUUUCAAACUACACUUUUAUUAAACCUACCAUUAUUAUUA